UGCUGAGAGUGUUGGGAUGGUUGUUGUUGCAGCACGGACUGUAUUCAGUGUGACACCAGUCGUCUUAUGUUGUUUAUAUCUGAUAGUACAGGCCGGGUUUGUUGUGUUUAAUAAAGUAAGUGUACGCAACUAGAUUGGCGUUAACCGUCUAUUCUAUUUAUAAUAGAGGAUAGAUUGAAACAUGGUGGCAGCGGUGCUUUGUGAAAAGUAAAAGCACAGAGAUUAGGAGACACGACCCAAGACACCGGCUGAGUAUGAUAGAGAGAGCGGAGAGCUCAGGCGCAGCGCGGAUGGAGAAUGCCCUGGGACUGAGACUGCCAAUAGCCCUUUGCCUAGACUCAACUAAUCUGGCGAAAUUGUGGAAAGAAGAGUUCACGCUGUAUAUGGAUCUUACUUUGGCGGACGCUGGCGAAGCCAUGAAGCUGAAAGUUUUCAGUUAUCUCAUUGGAGAGACGGGAAGAGAGCUGUGCGAGACCCUGAUCCCCACCUCGUCACCAGAUCGGACAGUAAGCAGAUUAAUAAGUGCACUGGAUUUUGUCAGAAAUCAGGGCUUUGAUGAGAACAUUGACAAAAUAUGAAACGGACUUAAGAAUGCUCGCCAGUACGUGCAAUUUCGGCCAGAUCAAAGACUCUCUGAUCCGCGAUAGAAUUGUUUGCGGCAUAUCCAGCUCUGUUUUGAGAGAGAGACUUUUAAGGGAGCAGGAUUUGACUUUGGAAAAAUGUGUGCAAAUCUGCAGGACAACAGAGCUGUCGCGGAAAAACAACAGAACGAUUGAAGGACGAGUGACAGAGGAAGUGCACGCUGUAAAACAAGCUGUGAGAAAAGAUAAAAGAGCACUGUAAACUGCAAGUUCUGCGGGAAAAUGCAUGAGAGAAAUAAACAGAAAUGUCCUGCAUAUGGGAAAAAGCGCAAAAAAUAAUGUGGAAAAGACAAUCAUUUUGCCAUAAUGUGCACAGAAAGAAAAAACAGUGUAUACUAUUACUGAGUCAGAUGAUGAAAGUUAUGAGGACAUCUUGUGUGUAACAGUACAGACAGUGAACACUGUGAUGAAGGAGAAACAGAGGCCGCCCUCAAAACUCUUUGCUGCCAUGCUCCCGGGAAAAGAACAGGUAAAGUUUCAGUUAGAUUGUGGAGCCAGCUGUAACAUUAUAUCUGUCAACCUGUUAAACCCAGCCAGACUAAUUGAAAAGACUGAGCAAGUGCUGGUGAUGUACAAUAAAAGCACACUGCAGCCAUUGGGGAAAUGUAAAGUUAAACUGAGAAAUCCUAGAAACAAGAAACUGUAGCGAUUAGAAUUCAUGGUUGUAGAUGAGGAGUCCGCAGUGCCGCUACUGGGCAGCAGGGCAGUACAAUGAAUCUAGUGAAAGUUCAGUAUGAAAACAUCAUGGCUGUGGAUAGCAUUGUCACCAAAGAGAUCGGGAAAGAUGAAAUGUGGAGCAUGGAUAAUAUCACAAACUAUGCUAAUGUGUUCCAGGGAGACGGAUGUCUGGAGGGUGCGUAUAAAAUAGAAGCAGACCCCACAAUAACUCCAGUGAAACUGGCAAAGAGACGGGUCCCUGUGGCGAUGAUGGCGCCACUUAAAGCAGAGCUGAGUGAUCUUCAAUGAAGAGGGAUCAUCACACCAGUAGACUGUAGCACAGAGUGGAUUAGCAGUCUUGUUAUUGUUAAGAAGCCAUCAGGAAACCUCAGGAUAUACAUAGAUCCAAGACCACUCAACAGAGCUCUGAAAAGAUGCCACUUUCAACAAUAGAUGAAAUACUGCCAGACUUGUCGAGAAAACCCCUGCUGAACACCCCAAAACGCCUGCAAAGAAUGUUACUUAGACUACAGAGAUAUGACAUUGAAGUCAAUUAUAUCCCAGGGAAGGACAUGUUGCUAGCUGACAUGCUGAGCUGCUCAUACUUACCUGAACAUGCAUCAGAGAGUUCAGUAGAAAUGGAGAUUGAAAGCAUAAACACGGUCCAGCAUGUACAUAUAGCAGAAGAAAGACUCCAGGCCAUCAGAUCUAUGAUGUGAAACAGCAGAAGGAGACUCUGUGGUCUCACAAACUACCAAGUAACCCAUGGUCUAAGGUGGGGACAGAUAUAUUCACUUUAGACAACAGAAACUACCUGAUCACCGUUGAUUACCUCUCUAAUUUCUGGGAGCUGGACUACUUACCUGACACACGAUCCACCACUGUCAUCCAUAAGCUGAAAGCCCAUUUCGCAAGACACGGUAUCCCAGAUGUUGUUAUCUCGGAUAACGGCCCACAAUACACAUCAGAAGAUUUCAAAAGGUUCAGUAGACAGUGGGAAUUUAAACACAAGACAUCCUCACCAGCCUACCCACAAAGCAACGGGAUGGCAGAAUCAGCGGUAAAGACUGCAAAACGGCUGUUGAAAAAAGCAAAAGCUGAUGGGAAGGAUCCAUACCUCGCCAUGCUUGAUCAGAGAAACACACCAUCGCAAGGGAUCAAAGCAAGACCAGCACAGCGGUUGUUCAGUAGGAGAACCAGAACUCUGAUACCCAUGCAUGACAACCUGCUACAACCAAAGGUAAUUCACACUCGACAAGAACAGAUUGAAAACAAGAACCGUCAGGCUGCAUAUUUUAACAGACAUGCAAAAGAUCUAGAUCCUCUAAAACAAGGAGACAGAGUUUGUGUCCAGCCAGAGGAAUAUAACAAAACAUGGAGAAAAGCGACAGUUGUGAAACCUGUGGACUACAGGUCUUAUGACGUCCAGCUCGACUCAGGGAACAUUCUGAGGAGAAACCGCCGACACCUCAGGAGGGACAGAAUCAUAGUAGUGGAAAACAGAGACUUGUCAGCCUGCGGAGGUGAACAGAGACAGUGUGACAGGCUCAAAACCAAGCACAGACACUCCUGUUGUUUCUAUUACAAAGUCUGGAAGAAAAGUGAUUAGACCUCACUACCUUAAAGACUAUGUACAGUAACCCACUAAUACUUACCUCCAUGCUCCGGCAAAUUUAGUUGGUAUAUUUGUUCAAAAAAAAGGAGGAAAAGAUAAGCAGUAAAGAUAAACAUUUUAUUUUGUUAUAAGAUUAAUUGAAGGGAAUAUGUAUUAGAAUGCAUUAAGAAGACAUUUACAAAUGCCACCUUACAGUUAUGAGUUACAUUUCAUAAAGUUCUUAAGUGAUCAAAUUGUCUUUUAAGGUUGAAAGUUACUUUGAAAAAACAAAAAAAAGAGAAAGGAUGUUGGGAUGGUUGUUGUUGCAGCACGGACUGUAUUCAGUUUGACACCAGUCGUCUUAUGUUGUUUAUAUCUGAUAGUACAGGCCGGGUUUGUUGUGUUUAAUAAAGUAAGUGUACGCAACUAGAUAACCGUCUAUUCUAUUCUAUUUAUAAUAGAGGAUAGAAUGAAACAGAGAGAGCGCGCGAGCAGAGUGCGCGGUCACAGAGGAGGAGGAGCUUGUUCAGCUCGCAGUCAGAACAGGACGUUUCUAUGGUGACAGACGCUGCGCAUCCUCGAUUCUUGUAACACAUCUUAAGUUUUUUUUUUAUUCUGUUCAUUGGUGAAACUUUUUUAUGCUGAAAAUAUAUUUUACUAAUACGAGGAACAAACCUGCAUCUAUAUUGAGUUUUUUUUAUGUAAUACUAAAUGUUUCUUCUAAUAGAAUGAAGCAUCAAACUCUUAUGAAAAGUCUAAAUAUUCAAGAUUACAGGGCAAAUUAAAGUUUUCCGUGAAAAACCUGAUAUUAAAUCACUCUUACUAAAGAUUACAUUCUGUCCCUCUGUGCAUAGACUAUAGUCUGUUACAACAGCAGAUAAAGUGUAAAAUUAAUGUGCAGUGAAAAUGAGCUCUACAUGAAACAAGUUACUUAUAAAUGUUGCUACAAGAGAAGAAAAACCAUUGAUUUCUGUCCUGAAACAUGUUCACAGCUCCUUCAUGCUCAACACAGGGACAGACCCUUGUAGUCUUCAAUAAGAGGUGUUUUGCUGCCAUCUGCUGGACAAAUACAGCAUUGCAGCAUUAAACAUGUUUAUUGCUGUUAUUUAUUAUUCUCUAAGGUUUACUUAUUUAUGUAGAUAAUAUUUAAUUUAUUUAAUAAAAAUCUCAUCUGAAUUGGUUAGCAAACAUUAUACUAUGGUGUAAUCAAAUUUUAUUUUUAGAAUAAAAGAACAAAGCAGUAAAAUAGUAAUAUUAUGCAUAAUUUAUCCAGAAACAAUAAGAUUAAAAUGUUACACUUUUUUCAAAUAAUUAAUGAAAAAAAUACUUCUACUAAGUUUUCCACUAAGUUACAAGUGUUUGAAGUGAUCAGACUUACAGAAAACACUCAUCAGUGUUGUAUGUUGUGUGUGCAGAUCCAGGCUUUGAUGCUGAAUAUAACCUGCAGUGUUUCUCUAUCAGUCUCUUUAAGUUUAGUUUGACUUUAUCUCCACGCUGACAUAUGACUGACACGAGUCUGUCCUCAGUGAAGUGUCUCUUCACGCUGGAGGAGGAGUCCCGCUCAUCAGCGCUCACACUUUAUUGAUAUAUAUGGAGAAAAUAAAAAUGCUGCUUUCUGAUUUGUCAGUGAUUGUGUUUGAUGAUUUCCUCUGUUGUGUCUAAUAAGGUAACAGUGAGUGUCAUUGGCAGCUGUGAGAGUCUCUCUCUCUUUAGGGGACUGACAGGAGCCAGUUUCUUCAGUGUGUUUGAGGGAGAAGAAGGAGAAACUUGUGUUUCGUCUGAGUUGAUGAAUUAGUGUGUGUCGAGCAGAAGGAGAAGAUGGAGAGUUGUCUGAUUCUGAUGUUUCUGUGCUAUAUGAUAAAGCUCACCACCUCUGACAGUGUGAAUGUGAGGUUAGUGAAUGGCAAUAAUCCCUGUGCUGGUCAAGUAGAGGUUCUUCAUGAGGGUCAGUGGGGAACAGUGUGUCAGUAUUACUGGGAUAUGGCUGAUGCUGCAGUGGUGUGUAGAGAGAUGGACUGUGAGAUGGCUGUAAAAGCAACACAUGGAGCUCACUUUGGACAAGGAUCAGGACCAAUUUUAAUGUCUGAUGAACUGUGGUGGAUCAGAGACUUCACUGAAAGACUGCAGAUCAGAGAGCUACAAUGCAUGGGUCUGUAAUCAUGAUCAAGAUGCUGGUGUCGUGUGUUCAGGUAAGCUUCUCCUCAUCUUUUUAUCACAUCACUCUUUCAUAAUUCUCACUCAAGCAAUAUAAUGUUUCUGUAUGAAGAUGAGGACAAACUGCAUCAGUGUCAAUCUUAUGAAGCAGGCAAUCUGUUUAAUUAUUUUGUUUGUGAUAUUAUAUUUGUCCCCAUUCCUUAUUUUCUUAUGGUAAACUAUGAAUCCUCAUUAAAUAUUUCGUGUCUUUUUUAUUAUUCACAGACAGUCUGAUUUGACAAUCUUAUUUACAUUCUUUAUUUAAUAAAGAUUAUAAAAUUAAAGAUGAAAGAUAAAAUUACAGAUACAAUUAGUGCAGAUAAAAUGUAUGAAUUAAAUACAUAAUGUCAAACAUUAAUGGAAGUUUUCUCUUGUGCUUCAAGUCAAUAAAGAUGUUUAAUUUUUUUGUCCUUAUAUUGCAAAGACUCGGUGCAAAGACUUGUGGACGGAUCUAACCUGUGCUCUGGGAGAUUAGAGGUGAUUUGUGGAAACACCUGGGGUUCAGUGUGUGCUGCUGCCUUUGACCAGCAGGAUGCAGAGGUUGUGUGUAGAGAGCUGGACUGUGGGGCUCCUGUACAGGUGCUGGGACCGUACGUCAACGGCACCGCCAAAAUUGUGUGGGGCAACGUUCCCAUAACGCUCAUAACUGGAAUUGAGAAAAAUGCCUGCUUCAUGUGCUGCAAUAAAGUUAUAAUAGGCUAUACUAACGUUAAAAUUAUUUCUACUCCAAUUCGUUUUUUAAAAUAUAAACAUUUAAUUGGUGGCUGUCAACUUUAUGGAUUUAUUCAAACAUGCAUAGGCUAUUGAAGAACAUUAAAAAUUAUAAUUAAUAUGUAAUCUGGUGCAUAUAUUUAGCUAAAUGCUCCUCUCAAUUUUUCUAGCCGACUUGACUAAUGAGUUUAUGGUCACUGAAUAAGUUUGUUCUGAGGUAAAUGUGUGUUUGUUUGUUUACUUGCUUUUUUUUUUAUUACCGUCUUUCCGCGGUUGAACACUGAGUAAGGAUUACACAAAACAUGAUAUGGAUUUCGGUAAGUUGUUCUGUAUCUUUUAACAUACAUUAAAAGAUACAGAACAACUUACCAACUUAUCGCGGGGCCCCACGUGCUUUGCGUGGUGGGUAAACAUGCGUGACAGUCAGACAAUAAUAAUAGCGAUAUCGCUAGUUAGCUGUGAAAGCUGAGACAUGAGUUUACAUGAUUUCUAAUAUAGUUUUAGCUUAUAUUAUAUCUUAUUUUAUAAACUAAAUUUCCUGAAAUUUAAAUAUGCAUCUUUAUUUUCUUAAAAAAAAUUUUAUGACAAGUAUUCAUUUCGGCUGUGACUGACAUUUUGUGAAUCUAACGUUAGUUAGUUGGCUAUCUAACUUUUCUCACACAUUGAAGGUUUCCCAAACACAAAGAGUUGAGGAGACAGUGGGAAGUAGCUAUAAGAAGGGAAGGUUUUUCCUCAAGCGAGUUCUCUGUGCUAUAUGCAGUGGGCACUUCAAGCACUUUGACAGGAAAGGUCAUGACUGUCAGGAUUAGGGAUGGAGCUGCACCAUCGAUCUUCUGUUUCCCUACUCAUCUACAAAGACCCGUUGCAACCAGGGCUACACAAGCCUCAAGGAAAGCUGAGGAGAGCCUGUCAGUGUACUGUUCUCACCAUUUCCAAGAGACUGAUCCUCUCUGCCUAAUGCUUGUCUCUGUAAGGUGGAGGAGGAGUCCUGUUCAUCAGUGUUGACGUGCAUUUAAUAAAUAAGACUCACCACAGCUGAAAACGUGAGGCUGGUGGGUGGUAAUAAUUCCUGUGCUGGUAGAGUGGAGGUUUAUUAUAAUGGAGAAUGGGGAACCGUGUGUGAUGAUUAUUGGGAUUUGAGAAACACUGCAGUGGUGUGUAGAGAGCUGGGCUGUGAUUAUACUUCAAAUACAAUGCAUGUUGCUCACUUUGGACCAGGAGCAGGAAAAAUCUGGAUGGAUAAUGUGAUGUGUAGUGGAUCAGAGCCCUCAAUACUCAAUUGCAGUAGUGUAGAAAUGGGUAACCAUAACUGUGGACAUAGUGAAGAUGUUGGUGUUAUCUGUUCAGGCAUCAGGCUGGUUGGAGGUUCUCGCUGUUCUGGAAGACUAGAGGUUCCUCAUGGGAACACAUGGAUGUCAGUGUGUGCUGCUGCCUUUGACCAGCAGGAUGCAGAGGUUGUGUGUAGAGAGCUGGGCUGUGGGGCUCCUGUACAGGUGCUGAGAGAAGAUGCUUUUGGAAAAGGAGACGCUCAGAUGUGGACACAAGAGACUCAGUGUAGAGGAAAUGAGUAUCAGUUUGCUCUCUGUCCAACUUCACCUUCACACAAAUGUUCCCAUGACAACGAUGUGAGCGUUGUAUGUGCUGAAACAGUGAGAUUAGUAGGUGGUAAGAGUUCCUGUGCUGGUAGAGUGGAGGUUCUUCAUGAUGGUCAGUGGGGAACAGUGCAUGAUUUAAGCUGGGAUAUGACUGAUGCUGCAGUGGUGUGUAGAGAGCUGAACUGUGGAAAGGCUUUAAGUGCAUCAAAGAAUGCUCACUUUGGAGAAGGAUCAGGAAAAAUCUGGAUUUCUGAUGUACAGUGUACUGGAUCAGAGUCUACAUUGAAGAACUGUAGAUUCAAUGGAUGGGGAAUAAAAGCUACACAUACUGAAGAUGCUGGAGUCAUCUGCUCUGGUUACACUGACCUCAGACUGGUCAAUGGUCCUGACAUCUGUUCUGGUCGAGUUGAGCGUCAGUACUUCAGUAAAUGGGGCACAGUGUGUGAUGCAUGCUGGGAUAUGAGAGCUGCCAGUGUCCUCUGUAGACAGCUGAAUUGUGGGAUUGCUGUGUCUGUUGUGGGAUCGGACUGGUUUGGAGAGGGAAGUGAUGAAAUCUGGGCUGAUGUGUUUGAUUGUGACGGGCAUGAAACAAAACUCUCAGAAUGUUCCAUCUCUUCAUGGAGUCGAGCUGAAUGUUCUCAUAGACGAGAUGUUGGAGUCAUCUGCUCUAGUGAGUUCAUAUUACAGAAAGAUUUACUGAUAUUAUGCUACUUAAAGGAUAAAAUAAAGUAUAAAUACAGUAUUUCAUCUCACUAUACAUGUGUAAUUUCACAACAUGUGUAAUUUCAUUUUAAACUGAAAGAAAAUAUUCUUGUCAUUUAUUUCUGUUUUUUUUUUAUGUAUGUAUUAUUAACUUGCAAUAUUUUAGUAAAACAUAAGAUCUUCUCCUCAGGUUCCUCUCUGGCUGUUCAUGAUGGUCUGGUGCGGUUGUCUGGAGAGAGACAGUGUGAGGGGGAGGUGGAAGUUUCCAUCCAUCAGGUCUGGAGGAGAGUUCUGCUGGACUCCUGGAGUCUCACUGAAUCCUCUGUGGUCUGCAGACAGCUGGGCUGUGGCUCUGUGCUGAACUUCUCCGGCUCCUCUUCAUCCAGUCCUGAACACAGUCAUGAGUGUUUGACGGGCUUCCAGUGCUCUGGGAGUGAAGCUCAUCUGGGGAACUGCAGCUCUCCACAAACUCUCAGCUGCAGCUCCACA